GCCGCGCCGCGACGCGCGCUGCCGCGGCUCAAGGCCGAGAGCUUCCGCCAUCCGCUGGACAAGGACCUCACCUCGCUCGUCCAGAAUUCGCCCGUGGCGCUGCUGGAGACCGUCAUCAAGCGGGCCGCCGCGCCGCCCGUGGAGCAGAUGGUGCGCCUCGACAACCUCGCGAACGCGCUCCGCGUCUCCGAGGACCAGUUCCCCGAGCUCCACGCGUCCUUCCGGGAAGCGCUGCGGAUCCUCGGCGGCCUGCGCGACGGCGCCGUGCCGGAGCUCUACGUGCGCAGCGACCCGCGGCCCAACGCCUACACGCUGGCCAUGCAGGGCGGCGCGCCGUUCGUCGUCGUCACGUCGGCGCUCGUCGACGGCUUUUCGGCGGCCGAGGUGCAGGCGGUGCUCGCGCACGAGCUCGGCCACCUCGUCUGCGAGCACAGCCUCUGGUUCUCCCUCGGCAACGUCGCGACGGCCCUCGCGCCGCCGCUGCCGGGCCUGGGCGCCGGGCUCGAGGGCCUGCUGCAGUCGUGGCGCCGCGCGGCCGAGUUCUCCUGCGACCGCGCGGCGCUCCUCGUGGCCCAGGACCCGGACGUCGUCAACGCGGCGCUCAUCAAGCUCACGUCCGGGUCGUCGAAGGACGUCAACGUCGAGGCCUUCCUCGAGCAGGCGCGCGAGUACGAGCGGUCGCUCGGCGCCGCGAACCGCCUCGUGCGGAGCGCGAUGCGCUCGUCGCUCGCCGACGCGACGCACCCGCUCCCCGUGAGGCGCGUCGCGGAGCUCGACAAGUUCGCCAAGUCGACCCAGUACGCGGCGAUCAUC